GAAUAUGUGUCGACUCCUACUCACCUGUGUUGUACGGUAAGACAGCUUGAUCGUUGCGGGAAGGAUGGAUCUUUGCUCCAUGUACGUAGGCGCCAAUUACUCACUCCCGAGAACGGACGGCGCGUGGAUUGCGUGAUUCGUUCACCAUCGUCAAUUUCACUCCUUCAUAUAAUACGAACACAAUUGCAGGAUGUCUUUCCUCAGUGCAAUCAAAGCCAUAGAGGCGUGUCCUAUACGAGAGCUUGACUCUUUCUCCCGCAUUUUGCACACAUUUUUGCCGCAAUGGCCAACACUCCUCACGGUGGUAUCCUAAAGGACCUCGUUGCUCGGGAUGAGCACCUUCACGAAAAUCUCAAAGCUGAGGCUCAAUCGCUCCCUGACAUCAUUCUUACGGAGCGUCAACUCUGUGACCUGGAACUGAUCCUGAACGGAGGUUUCAGUCCUUUGGAGGGUUUUAUGAACGAGGCAGACUACAAGAGUGUCGUUGACACAUUACGUCUGGCAGACGGAACUCUCUUCCCUAUGCCCAUCACUCUGGAUGUGUCUCGUGAGCACAUUGACCAGCUCUCUGUAACUGCCGGUUCCCGCCUUGCGCUGCGAGACCCCCGUGACGAUCAGGCUUUGGCAAUCAUAACCGUUGAGGACGUGUAUCGGCCCGACCAGGUAAAACAGGCCAUCAAGGUUUUCGGUGCGGAUGACCCCGCGCACCCUGCGGUCGCAUAUCUCCGUCACAAAAUCAAAGAGUAUUACGUUGGGGGAAAAAUUCAGGCAAUCCAGCUACCGACACAUUUCGACUACGUUGCUCUGAGAUAUACCCCAUCGGAGCUGCGCGCACAUUUCAAAAAGUUGGCAUGGCGCAAGGUUGUCGCUUUCCAGACACGGAACCCGAUGCACAGAGCGCACCGGGAGCUUACGGUUCGCGCCGCCCGUCAGCACCAAGCAAACGUCCUCAUCCACCCCGUCGUCGGUCUCACAAAGCCAGGCGAUGUCGACCACUACACCCGUGUCCGUGUCUACGAGGCCAUCAUGGCGAAAUACCCGAACGGCAUGGGCCACCUUGCCUUGCUUCCCCUGGCUAUGCGCAUGGCUGGACCACGUGAGGCCGUCUGGCACGCAAUCAUCCGCAAAAACUACGGCGCGACGCACUUUAUUGUUGGCCGUGACCAUGCAGGUCCUGGCAAGAAUUCUCAGGGUAAGGACUUCUACGGCCCGUACGAUGCGCAGGACCUGGUCACAAAAUACCACGAGGAGCUCCAAAUCGAGAUGGUGCCCUUCCAGCAGAUGACCUACCUUCCCUCAACGGACGAGUAUGUCCCAGUUGAUGAGGUACCAAAGGGCGCGCAGACGCUGGACAUCUCGGGUACGGAGCUUCGCAAGCGCUUGAGGAACGGCGCCCCCAUUCCCGACUGGUUCAGUUAUGAGGGUGUUGUGAAGACUCUCCGUGAGAGCUACCCUCCACGCCUGAAACAGGGUUUCGUGAUCUUUUUGACCGGUCUAUAUAAGUCUGGCAAGGACACUAUUGCGAAGGCGCUCCAAGUUGUGCUCAACGAGCAGGGUGGCCGCAGUGUAUCUGUUCUUUCGGGAGACAACAUCCGCGCUGACCUCGAUGCUCCCUUCAGCUACACCCCUGAAGAGCACUCUAAGAACCUUCAACGUGUCGCAUUCGUUGCGGCCGAGCUAGCUCGCGCGGGCGCAGCCGUGAUCGCUGCACCAAUUGCGCCGAAGCAGGCGUCGCGCGACGCAAUCAAGGACACUGUCCUGCACUCCGCGGGCGCCGGUGCGAACUUCUUUACCAUCCACGUCGCGACACCGCUCGAGCACUGCGAGGCGCAUGACCGGCGGGGCGUGUACGGUUUUGCGCGCAAGGGCAUAUUGACUGGCGUUGCGGGUGUCGAUGAGCAAUAUGAGACGCCCGAGCGCCCGGAUCUAACUGUGGAUGUUACAAAGCAGAGUGUGCCGGAAAUCGUUCAUGCUAUCGUGCUGCUUCUAGAGACUAAUUCCCUGCUAUAGGUUCCUUUUGGCAAAUAGACGGGCUCCGGACUCUGGACUGGCAGCAUGUAAUAAUACAUUCUCCAUUAUCUAUUCGCAGAUGUUCUGUACGGCACCUAGAUGUAUUGCAUUGCUUUUGUCAUGCUGUGAAGCAAUAAAACACUUACAUUCGAAC